ACUAGGUUCUGGUUGUUUGAAACUCCUAUCUUAUUCGGAAUCGAAAUUAUAAUUAAAAAAAAUUGGAAAAGCAGAAAAUUCGUGACUCGGAAACCCUUGAGGUUUGGCACCUAGUCCGGAACAAAAGUUAAUUCAUUUUUGAUCCUAACCAAUGGUAUUUGCUUUAAAUCUUUGUAAAUCACCCUGUAUACUAAUAAAAAGAUUUGAUUCGUUUUCUACUUUUUUUAGUAGAAUUGCCAGUUUUAGAUAUUGACGCCUGUCAUCGGCGGUGUGUAUUUGAAUUUGUUAUUUACAUGUGUAUUUCCUCUAUUUAAUUACCUAUUUUUAAUAUGCGAUGAGAAAAAAGAAUUCGCGCGGUUAAUAAGUUGAAAAAGAUUUUUGGGGUGUGUUUUUUUUUUUGGAAAAUUGAUCUGAGUUUCCCUCAUUACAAAAACAAAGAAAAAAUAGAAAAAAAACAGAAAUAAGAAGAGAACUCCCCGCACUGCAUAUGCACAAUACUACAAUACUACAAAAGAAUAUCCAGAAUAACAACAACAACACAACACAAUAAAAAGAUACGGAUACAAAAGAGAAGAUUGUUGUUAGAAUUUUUUUUGUAAUUUUUUUUUGUCAAAAUCAACUAUUGAAAUUUAAAAAAAAAUUUGAGGGAUUUUUUUUUGGAGAAAGAGGAAAUAAUUAAAAUUAAAAAAAAAAAAAAUCAAUAAAAAAAUUUAUAUUUUAAAAUUGUAUAUAAAAAGUUUUUUGUGUAAUAAAUGGAACCUCAUCAUCAGUCAUCAUCGUCACCAGUAACAUCAUCAACAACAACAUCAUCAUCAUCAUCAACAUCAGUAGCAGAAAUUAAUGAAAAUGGAAGUCUCGGAGGAGGAGGCGGCGGUGGAAUUGGUCUUGGAUUAGCUGCUACUGGUGGAGAUAGUAUUGGAGAAAUAUCAAAUUCAUAUGAAAAUUCUAAAAUAUUUGAAAAUAACACGGAUCCUUAUGAAAUUGAUAAUGGUACCGUUAAGUUUAUUGGUUCUGGAGGUGGUGGUAUUCAUGGUAUUGAUAUAUUAAAUGAUCACAGCAAUAAUAUCAAAAUUAAUGAUCAAAAAGAUUAUAUGACGAUUAAAGUACCUUAUCCUAAUCAAAAGUUGCGUUCCGAACAAUUUACAAAGACAGAAUUAUUAAAUAUGCUGUGUCGUUUAGAAGGUGAAUUGCAAGCAAGAGAUGUUGUUAUUGCUACAUUACGCAACGAACGUGUUAAACAAUUAAUACAUAAUUUAAGAAAUCAACCAAAAAUUUUACUAAAUGAUCCUCAUGCAGCAUUAUUUCGUGAUAAAAUGGCAUCAGCUGGUCAUUUAGUUAGUCGACAGUCUUCGGUAACAGCAAUACAAGGUGAAAUGGAAUUACGGGCUAUUAUUGAACAGCAAAUGGAAUCAUUAUAUAAAAUGGUAACAAAGCAACGUUCAACACAAGCAAAAAUGGUUAGUACAUUAAAGGAUUCAUUAGACAAUAAUCAAAAAAUGAGGCAAGAAUUGGAAGAUGAAAAACGGAAACAUGAGCAUGAUACAGCACAAGGUGAUGAUAUAACAUAUGGUUUAGAAAUAGAAAGAACUAAGUUAAAGCAGGAACUAGAAAGUGAACGUACACAACGUAAAAAAUUGGAAAAAGACUUAAAAAAAGUUCAAGAACAAUUUGAUUUUGAAAGAGGCCGUCAAAAGCAAAUCGUAUUACUAUUAUUAGCUGAAAGAAAAAAAAUUAUAAUGAAAUAUAUAGAGGAAAGGAAACGUUCUGAAGAUUUAGCGCAAAUAUUAAGUGAAGAAAAACAACAAAAGGAUUCAAUGGCUGAUGGUUUAGAAGAAGAAACAAAAAAAUCGUUAAGAAUGGAAGCUGAAUUAGAAAGACAAGCCUCACAAUUUGAACAAGAGCGAAAAUUAUUUACAUUUAAUUUGGCUAAAGAAGAAAAAAGAAUAAAAGAACUUGAAAUAGAAUUAGCUCAAUUGAGAAGUGUUCAUAUACCAGCAGUAGGACAAGUUAUUUCAACAAAAAUUCGUUCAAUACCCAUUCCAACGGGCGAAAUUAGAAAUCCAUCUUCAGUUAUUGAUGUAGCCAAAAUUGUUCAGCCAACUGCUACUGUAUCAAGUGUACCAGUUUCUGGUCCAACCACUGGUAUUGCUAGAUCUGUAAAUUCAACUGUAAUUGGUGGCUUUAACUCACCAGCUACGAAGAUAACACCUCGAAAACAGGUUCCCACACCUAUAUCGCAACCACAACAGCAACAACAGCAGCAGCAACAGCAACUACAACAGCAACAACUGCAGGUUCAACAGCAGCCUCAACAACAACAAAUUCAAAAUUUAAGCCAUAAUCAAGCAAGCAAUAUGUUGACAAAUACAUCAUCAUCAUGUGUCUUAGCUGCUACGGUUACAUCAUCAACAGUUGAACCGAUUAUUCAAAAUAAAAUAUUUGCAAUCGGUGGAACAGCAGUUGGAACAGGAGGCGGUGGAACAGGAUGUAUUGGCACAGGAGGUUGUGGAACAGGAGGGGUUGGAGGAGAAGGAAGAGGAGGAGGAACAGGGGGAGGAGAAGGAGGAGGAGGUGGUGGUGGCGGAGGUGGAGGAGGAGCAGGAGGUGGAGUGAUAAGUGGAAUGGGAAUUGGAGGAGGAGGUAAUAUAGUAGCCGGUGUUGGAAUACCGAAUAGUGGGGGUGGAGUUACGGGUGGAAUUGGAAUUGCUGGAAAAGUUGAAACGAUAAAUUCAACAACAAUAAUCGCAACAUCAAAUUCAUUUAUAGGAAAUUCAUUUGUAGGAAAUAUUAAGCCCUUAACAACAAAUAAUGCAAUAAAUAGUAAAAAUCAAGUAUCUGCAACUACUACAAAUAUCAAUAAUACGAGUAUUAAUAAUGCAGGAACAUUGAUAAAUCAGCAGCCACAACAACAACAGCUGCAACAGCAACAAUCACAAUUAUUACAAAAUAAUAUUCCAACAGCUGCUAUUACAUCAACACCAAUUGUUACAGGUUUAAAUAUCAGUAAUAGUACAACAAUAUCAGGGUCUAUAGGAGGAGGUGGUGGUGGCGGAGGAGGAGGAGGAGGAGGAGGAGGAGGAGGUGGCGGCGGCGGCGGCGGCGGCGGAGGAGUAGCAUUAGGUAUAUCUGUAGGAGGAAGUAAUAGCAGUAAUGUUGGUGCAGGUGCAAUGGGAUCUACAAUUGGAAAUGUAGCUAGGGGUGUGCCACCUCCAAUACCACCGAAUAAACCAAUUGUUCCACCUAAAAGGGAACCUUCUAUUUCGAGAUUAGGUUCUUCCAUUUCAACAAGUAAUAUAAAAUAGAUAUAAAAGGAAAAAGAGAGAAUUAAAUAAACAAAAAUAAACUAAUUAAAAACUCAAAAAAAUUUUCAAUUGGCGUUAGUUAAAAGAAAAAAAAUUACCAAGAAAAAAAAAAGAAAACACAAGUGACAGCAACAUUCCUCUUUCUUUCGUAUUUAUUAAACGAAUAAAAUAUAAAUUUCUAGAAACCGAGUAUACUUUUUGUUAAACGGUAUAUUGAAUGUUUGGGUCAUGUAAUAGUUUAAUUUUUAAUUUACGUAUUUGUACAUAUUGUCAACAAUAUUUGGUCGUUUUAUUUCUAAGUAAAUUUUCCAAUAAAAAUUAACUAUUACAGCAGUAAAAUACUGGUUUAUCUGCUUAAAUUUUAUGGGAUUUAUUCUUUUCCUUUCAAUCAUGUUAUAAUAUAAAACUUGCAGAAAGUCUAUGCGAUGAAAGUUGAAAAAAAAAAUACUUUUAUUAGAACGUGAUAUAAAUAAAACAACAAAGAGAUCACAGAAAUUGUGCACAAUAAUUGUAUUGUGUAUCAUAAUUGUAGCAAUGAUACAUGCCGCUUGUGUUUUGUUUUUUCUUUUUUUUUUGUUAUACCUUUUGGGUAACUGUAAUAGCAACACAUUAUUUAUAAUUAUUAAUUAUAAUUAAAUUAUGCGAUUAAAUUAGAAAAAAAAAAGAAAAAUAAAUAAAGAAAAUGUCAUUUACCAAAUAAUUAUAAAAAAAAACAGAAAAAAUUA